UCAGGAUAUCGAGGCCUAUGUGACAAUUCCCUGAAAUACUUAAGUUCCAAAAUCACAGAGCGAAAACUACAGAGCACCUGGCUGCCUGCUGGCAGGGGGAAUCUAGAGAAACCACUCUUGGGCUCAGGUGGCUCUUCUGUGCCCGUGUUCAGCCCUCAGAAUGGCCUUCACUCCAUCCACUCUGAGAACAGCCCGCUGAAGCCCAGGGUGGUGACGGUGGUGAGGCUGGGCGGGCAGCCCCUCAGGAAGGUCACCAUGCUCCUCAACAGGCGCUCAGUGCAGACAUUUGAGCAGCUCUUAGCAGACAUCUCAGAAGCCCUGGGCUGUCCAAGAUGGAAGAAUGAUGGAGUGAGGAAGCUGUUUAACCUCAAGGGUAGAGAAAUCAGGAGUGUCUCUGAUUUCUUCAGGGAAGGGGAUGCUUUCAUAGCUAUGGGCAAAGAACCCUUAACGUUGAAGAACAUUCAGAUGGCCAUUGAGGAACUGUAUCCUAACAAAAACCAGGCCCUGACACUGACCCAGCAUAGCCGGGCCUCUUCUCCAAGACUGAGAAGCAGACUUUAUAGCAAGGUUCUGAAAGGGGGCCACCACUGUGGGGAGACUGGGAGUAGCAGUGAGUGUGCCCAGAGCAAGGUAGUUGUCAGGCGUCAGGGAAAGCCCCCUGUGGAGCCUGUGCUGGAGGACAAGGUGCGGGCCCAGAAGAAGUGGGCGAGAGGGAAUCGGGAGCCUGAGCCUGCUGGCAAGCUGCCUGGAGGAACCACUCUGGAGGAGAGGCAUGGGAGUGGAGAGAAGCCCCUGGGCUUGGAGGUCGAAAGGACCUCUGGGGAGAUGGUCCGGUGUGAGAAGUGCAAGCGAGAACAGGAGCUGCCGCAGAACCUGCCUCGGGAGAGGCUCUCCUUGGGGAGGAGCGAGCUAGACAUGGGCAAGAGCCAGUGGUACGCUGUGGAGAAACUGGUGAGGACGCGAAGCUGCAAAAAGUCUCCAGAGGCAAAUCCCACACGUGGGGGAGAAGGAUGGAAGGGUGACAACCCUAAGAGCAGUCCCAGGAAUCCCACUCAUGAGCUGAGCAGACCCAGUAAGAACACAGAUAAGAAAGAGGAGCGAAUCCCAGAGGAUCAAGCAAGCCAUCCUCAGGGAGCAGCCAAGAUCAAGAAGGAGCUCACUGAAGCUCCUCCAGCGACAGAGGAGCGGUCCAGGGAUGUAAAGAAAGAUGUCAGGCAUGUUAGCAAGAACAAGCAUGGUGCCUGUCUCCUGAGAGAGCACCAGACUGAGCCAGAGAAGCUCUCUAAAACCCAAGGGGAAGAAAAGGAGGCAGAGAAGGAGAAGAAGUCAGGUGUGUCAGGAGGGAGGAAAGUGACUGUCCGAGAUGACCCCCCCACAAGGGUAGAGAAGGAGCCCAAAACCAGGCCAGAGGAGAACAAGGCAGAACGGUCCAGCGGCCGGAAGCUGCGGCCUGUGGGCAUCAUCUCAGCGGAUGUGGAGAAGCAUUAUGAGACUGGUCGGGUCAUUGGGGAUGGGAAUUUCGCCGUGGUGAAGGAGUGCAGGCACCGUGAGACCAGGCAGGUCUACGCCAUGAAGAUUAUUGACAAGUCCAAACUCAAGGGUAAGGAGGACAUCAUUGACAGUGAAAUCUUAAUUAUCCAGAGCCUUUCUCACCCCAACAUAGUGAAACUGCAUGAAGUAUAUGAAAUGGAAAUGGAAAUCUACUUGAUCAUGGAGUACGUGCAGGGAGGGGACCUUUUUGAUGCCAUCAUAGAAAGUGUGAAGUUCCCUGAACCCGAAGCAGCCCUCUUGAUCAUGGACUUGUGUAAGGCUCUUGUCCACAUGCAUGACAAGAACAUUGUCCACCGGGACCUCAAGCCAGAAAAUCUCUUGGUUCAGCUAAAUGAAGACAAAUCUACAACUUUGAAACUAGCUGAUUUUGGCCUGGCAAAACAUGUAGUCAGACCUAUAUUUACUGUGUGUGGAACUCCAACUUAUGUAGCUCCCGAAAUUCUUUCUGAGAAGGGUUAUGGCUUGGAAGUGGACAUGUGGGCUGCAGGUGUGAUCCUCUAUAUUCUCCUGUGUGGCUUCCCUCCAUUCCGCAGCCCGGAGAGGGACCAGGACGAGCUCUUUAAUAUCAUCCAGCUGGGCCACUUCGAGUUCCUUGCCCCUUACUGGGACAAUAUCUCUGAUGCUGCCAAGGAUUUGGUAAGCCGGUUGCUGGUGGUGGAUCCUAAAAAGCGCUACACAGCCCACCAGGUCCUUCAACAUCCCUGGAUUGAAGGGGCUGGGAAGAGCAGCAAGGCGAGCCUGCCACAGGAAGUGUCCCCCAGGGGCGAGGGCCGCUCUCAGGGCCAGCGCAAGACAGCUGUGGAGCAGGCAUCGUAGUCUGUGCCUUGGGAGUCUGUUCCAUUCUCGUUUGAGAGGAAAAGGUGGAUCUGGGAGAGAAACUGAGGUUUCUUCACUUAAUUGGAGAAGCAGGAGAGAUGCUUAAUGCAUUUUAAAACAUAUUUGAAAAAUAAACUGAGUCCUAAUGUUAAUUGUAAUGUAUUUUUAGAUUUCUGUACUUAAGACCGUCAGCACAGUUUUGUUUUUUGGGGGAAAGAGUUAUCAUCAGUGAGGAAUUUUUGAUAGUCAUGAUGUGUUUGCUUCCUCCUUGUAGUCAAGUUCAUGGGAUACUACACGAGUGGUGCUUUCUAGUGUCUCAACUUCCCCAUACAGAUACUGACCUGAAUCAUGUCUUUCUGUGUUAAUAAAGUAUGCUUUGAAUAACAGACAUGCAUAUGCAUUCUGCUUACUUCUUAAGGUUCAGAGCUGGAGGCAGUAUUUCAGAUGUGUCUCACAAAGCCUGGAUAACUACACAUGAAUGUGGUGGACCUUUGAUUAAUUGACAAGCUCUGUUUGGGGCACUAAAAGUCUCUAGCAUUUCAGUCCAACCCCAAAUUAGAUCUGGCAUAGUCCGAAAAAUGGAAAGAAGAUAUUUUGCAUUAUAAUCACCUCUGCUGUGCUGCUAUGACCAGUUGUACUGUUUUCCAGUCCCGUUAUCCCCGAGCCCAGGUCACUUCCACAUGAAGUCAGGCACUUGGACUGUGUCUAUGUUAACAAAAUUUCAGAUCACUAACACGUCAGAGAUGCAGUGAAUGGGGGCUUGAGGAAGCCCCAAGUUUGGGCACAUUCCCCCUUAAAGGUCAUAGUCACAGGGUGCAGAACACAGGCUACCGAUUUCAGAUGACUGGAAGUACAGGAGUGCAAGCAGAACACACCCUCAUAUUCUUCACGCUGAUGUGUCCACAUUUUGUGUAACCUGGUCAGUCAACCACAGGCUGACCCACAUUCUGCCUUCUCUAUCCAUUUUGGAGUUGUCUAGGUGGAGAAGUGUGUGAGUCAGGAAAAUAAGAGCAGUACUAGAGAUUUGUUUUCUCUUUUUUUGAGGCAGGAUCUCUCUAUGCAGCUCAGGCUGGCAUUGAACUCGUU